AUGAACCAAGAAAGAAAAAUGAGUAAACAAUUAAAAUUAAAUGGUCAAGAUAGUGUUGAUAUCGGUAAAGAAGAAGAUGAGUUGUAUGAAAAAAAUGAUUUAAGUGUACAUGAACAUUUUAACAACACCAAUGAAGAAAUCGAUAUACCCGAUAUUGGUUUCUUUCCAAAAGAAUUGGUAUUGGAAGAACAGCGGUUAAAGGAAGAUCACACGAAAAAAGAUGAAGAAUCCUUGGUUAAUGAUUUAGAUGAAGAAGAAAAGAGAGUAAGAUUUCAAAAUUUACUUACACUAUUGAAAAAUAGUACUAAAUUAUCCAAUCUUUUUGAAUCCAGAUUAAAAAUAUGUAAAAUUCAAAUUAUUAAAAAGGAACUAGGUAAUGCUAUGACAAUGAAAGAAAAUGUGCCAAAUUAUAAAGAUGAAUCGACUAAGAAUACAGAUAACCAAUCAAUUGUAGAUGUCAAUGAAGAAGAGUAUUAUUUAAGCUUAUUUCAGCAACCAAAAUUAUUUCAUGGGAAUCUUAAAGCCCACCAAAUUGAAGGUCUCCUAUGGAUUAGAACUUUGUAUGAAAAUGGUUUGAAUGGAAUUUUAGCUGAUGAAAUGGGACUUGGUAAAACUGUACAAACUAUAGCUUUUUACUGUUUUCUUUUGGAAAUGGAAAUACCCGGACCAUUUCUUGUCAUUGCACCACUAUCUACAAUUCCCAACUGGCUGUCAGAAUUUUCAAAAUUUUCCCCUAAGCUUCCAACUGUUUUAUACCAUGGUACGGAAAGUGAACGCAUUCAGUUGCGAUCAAAGUUCAAUAGUACUCAUAAAGUUAAUAAAUUUAAAUGUCAACCAGUUGUAAUAACUACUUAUGAUGUUGUGCGUCGCGAUAUAACAUAUUUGAAAAAUAUUGAUUGGAAAUUCAUUACAAUUGAUGAAGGACAAAAAGUGAAGAACGCCAAUUCCCAAAUAUCCAAAUGUAUGCGUGCAUUUAAUUGUACCAACAAGCUCAUACUCACAGGGACACCUAUUCAGAAUGAUAUGUCAGAAUUAUGGUCACUGUUGAAUUGGUUGAUGCCUAAAAUGUUUGAUCAACUAGAAGAUUUUAAUUCUUGGUUUGUUAUUGAUAAGUUUUUUGAUUCUAAUGACAAAAUUGUUAAUAUGGUCAAAAAGGACGAAUUAUUAGACAUCAUUCUAAAGAUAUUAAAACCCUUUAUUUUGAGACGGGAAAAAAAUGAAACUGAUCUAAACCUCCCACCGAAAAAGGAAAUUGUUAUUUAUGCUCCACUUACAGAAACACAAAAACAAUUAUAUGAAGCAACAUUGAAUAAACAAAUGGAAAUUUUACUGAAUAAAAAAAAGGAUACUGAAGAUCUUAUUCUAGAAGUAAAAAGUAAGAGAAGAUGUGUGGAAAGUAUAGUAAAAUACACUGAUCUAAAUGCUAUUAGAGUAAAUGUGCCAGAAAUAGAUCCUCAAGUUAAAAAUAUGGCUAUUUCAGUACAUAUGCAAAACCCAUUUAUUCAAUUGAAGAAAAUUGUUAAUCAUCCAUAUCUUGUACAAAUGCCUCUAAUUCCGGGGGAAAAUAAAUUACUUGUUGAUGAGAACAUUACCAAAGUUAGUGGUAAAUUUCAGAUACUUGAUGCCAUGUUAACAAAAUUGAAAAAACUUGGCCAUAAGGUGUUGCUAUUUUCUACAAUGACACAGUUAAUGGAUAUAAUUGAAGAGUUUUUGAUGUUUCGUAAAUUUUCGUUUACCCGGUUGGACGGAACUAUGAGUAUUCAACUUAGAGUUGAUGCAAUGGCUACAUUUAACAGUGAUCCAGAAUGUUUUUUAAUGAUGAUAUCAACACGUGCAGGUGGACUUGGCUUAAAUUUAACGUCAGCAGACACUGUUAUUUUAUUCGACAGCGACUGGAACCCACAAGUUGACUUGCAAGCUCAAGAUAGGUGUCAUAGAAUGGGCCAAACAAAGCCGGUUGUUGUAUAUCGGUUUUGUUCUAAGAACACUAUUGAUGAAAGAAUAUUGAAUUUUGCAACUGCAAAAAGAAAACUAGAAAAAGUGAUCAUUGGCAGUGGUUCAUUUAGUAGAACUGCAACACUUACCAUGUCAAGUAUUGAAGAUCUCAUGACUUUAUUGAAAUCAUCAGAGUACACUAAGAAAAUACAACCAAAUGGAUUUAUCUUAUCUGAUGAAGAAUUGGAUGCCAUUUUAGAUCGAUCCGAUAUGUACAAUUCAGCAUCAAUGACACUCGCUUCUCACACUGCUGAACACUUUAAAGUAUUAACAAACUCCUAA